AAAAAAACUGUUCUAAUGACAGAACUGAGAAAACUUGUUUUUAGAUCAAUAACAGUAAUUUGUAUUGGAUAUAUAAUUCGCUGUUUUUUGAAUAAAUCAACCGAUUCAUAUACUUAUCAUGUUAAUCCAUCCAUUGAGCUGAAUGACCAACUUAUUACAAAUAAAAAAUAUGGAAAGUUGGAAAAGAUUGAUUUAAUGAAUUAUAGUGGUCCUGAAAGUUUAAUUUACCACGAUGGUUCACUGUAUGUCACCGUGAUUCAAGGGAAAAUAUUAAAAAUAAACGAUUCCGGGAUUUAUGUUCAUGCAACACUUGGUUCACCAAACUGCGUUGGUGUACAUGAAUGUGGUAGACCAUUCGGUUUGAAAUUGUUCAACAACUCUGAGAAUUUCUUGGUCACGGAUGCCUAUUUAGGUGUAUUCUCUGUCUCAGUAAAAGAUGGUAGUGUGAAGAAAUUGUUCCCCUUAGAUGAAGAUUUCAAAGUUACAUUUUUCGAUGAUUCAGUAAUUUUACCGAACGGUAGUCUUGUUAUUACUGAAGCUAGUACAAAAAAUACCUUACAACAUUUAUGGACAACAAUUUUAGAGGGACUACCUAGUGGAAGGCUAACAAUGGCUGAUACAAAAACUGGUCAGUACAGUCACAUAAUGGAUGGUUUGCGCUUUCCCAACGGAAUCGAACUUUCUAGUGACGGAAAAUCCAUAUUACUCGUUGAAACAAUGAAACUUCGAAUUUUACGAAUUCCAUCAGACGGAGGUGAAGUGACUGUGUUCAGUGAUGGGUUACCUGGUGUUCCGGAUAAUAUCAAAGCUAGUCCACGUGGUGGUUACUGGGUCCCUGUAUCAAAUCUUCGUGAUGAGCCUCUAUCUGUACUUCUUUUCAACUAUCUACCAGCUUAUCCUUGUAUUCGUCAGUUAGCUUCCAAUAUUAUCUCCAUGCUUCCAUUCACACUAAUACCGAAAGGAAAAUCAUCAAUGUUGAUUCGUUUGGAUGAAAAUGGACAGAUAAUUGAAAUUUGGAAAGAUUUUCAAAAUGAAUUACCAAAUGCUUGUGAAGUACUAGAACAUGAUGAUACUUUAUACACUGGGAGCUUUUAUCUACCUUACAUUGGUCGUUUAAGAAGAUUGUCAAAUUAAUUUUUAUAAAAUUUGGAAAUCUUCGGUUCCAGAAGGUGAACACUGUGUAAUUUGAUGAAUACAAUGAACUUGUUGUUAUUCAUUCAGCACGUUGAUAAAUACUUUCCAUGUUUUGAUUCGACUUAUCUUUAAAACAUUUAUAAUUAUCUUGCUUUCUUAUGUUGUUUUGUUGUCAUUGUUGGUAGUUUGACUUAAUUAGUACAGAAUAAUAAUAUUGAGAAAUAACUGUGUAAUGUGUGAAUUAGUUGAUCAAUAAUAAAUGACACAAUGCCAUUUACAUUCAUUAAAUCAAUCAAGUCAUCUAUUAAUUAUCUGUCUAUAAAUCAGUUAUCUGAAGCCGU